AUGUUGCCUUGGACAAGAUAUUAUAUUACUUUGAUGCUUUUGCUAUAAGCCUUACCUCAGUGGGUUUUCGCUACACAUUACAUAUUUAACUUCUAAAACGAGCGAACCUUUACUUCUACAAACUAGUAGGUAGGACAUCGGUUUUUUUCAUCAUUCAGUAAAGAAGGAUAUAGAAAAGUGUACAAUUUGUUAUUUCAUUAUUAUUGUCAAUAAGUAAUAAAUUAGAAAAUUUAAUUUAAAAUGAGUUACAUGAAUGGUAUAGACAGAAUCAAUGAUCAGCAAAAGAACAGAAGGUGUAAACAAAUUAAUAUAUUGUCCAAAGGCUAUGCUGAUUAUUUACAACUCGACAAACUGUUAAGUUCGCAAACCAUGUUAAGCUCACAAAAUGAUAGGGUUUCUUAUGAUGAGCAUCUCUUCAUAAUAACACAUCAAGCCUAUGAAUUAUGGUUCAAACAAAUUUUAUUUGAAAUGGACAUUGUUUGUAAAUUAUUGGUCGCUAAUCUUUGGAAUAACGAGACUGAAAUGUGUAACGCUCUAAAACGUUUAGGUAGAAUUUCAUCAAUUUUUAAGUUACUACUAGAACAUUUUAGUAUUUUGGAGACUAUGAGUUCUUCAGAUUUUGCUGAAUUUCGUGGAUACUUGAAACAUGCAUCAGGCUUCCAGAGUCUCCAAUUCCGUAUGAUUGAAAAUAAAUUCGGACUGAAAAAGGAAAAUCGCGUCGAUUGUUGUAAAUCAUAUACUGAUUGUUUUAAUGGAAAAAAAUCAGAAGAAUUCGAACGGACUUUAACCGAACCAAAUUUACUAACUUUGGUCUGUCGCUGGCUGGAAUCUAUGCCGGUUCUACAAGAUAAUACCAUAUGGGACCAGUAUAGAAGAGCUGCUGAUCUUUGGUUAGAAGAAUCUACUGAGACUGAUAUAUCAUGCCUGGAGAAACGUCGAGAUCUUAUGGACUCAUUAUUUAAAUGUGAUCAGCAUAAACGUUUGGUAGAUCAGGGGAAUCGAAAGUUUACUCAUCAGGCACUAAAGGGUGCUAUAAUUCUUCGUACUUACCGACAUGAAAAAGGAUAUGCUUUAGCCAACAGAAUAUUAGACUCAUUGGUGGAUAUCGAUACCAUGUUAUCCAAGUGGAGAUUCUGUCAUUUCGUUAUGGUACAUAAAAUGAUCGGAUCGCAUAAUUCUGGUACGGGUGGCACUAUUGGCUCUGAAUAUCUAAGAUCGACUUUAAGUGAUUCAUAUCGGACAUUUAUCGACUUGAUCAAUCUACCAGCCCUCAUGGUACCGGCUACAUAUGUUCCACCACUAAUAUCACAAAUUUUAUGAAACCUAAUUAAAUAUUUUUUUAAAUAAAUAUAUUACUUAUUAUCUUGUGAGUUAGAAUUUAAAAUUAUAAAAAAUUGUUUAGUUAAAUGCAGUUAUUAGUCUCUACCAUUAUUUAGCCAAAAUGUUUUUUUAUUUAUUUAUAUACUGUAUUAUUUGAAUAUACUAAAGUGAA